AUGGCACACCUGCCACCACCGCCAUGGGGCCAUCGGUGGCGAUCGGCGCGCCCUUUCGUCAUCGCAACCGUAGGUAUUGGCCUCUUCAGCGACCUGUUCCUCUACGGCAUCGUCGUCCCCGUCAUUCCCUUUCUGUUGCGCGACCGUCUGGGCGUCGUCGACGACGACGCCAUCCAGACGCAAACGUCGCGCCAGCUGGCCGCGUACGCGGGCUCCUCGGUGCUUUUUGCGGUGCCGGUGGGAUGGGCCGCCGACCGGUUUGGCUCGCGCAAGAUACCUUUUCUCACCGGCGUGGUGGCGCUGCUGACCAGCACGGCGAUGCUCUGCGCCGGCACUUCUACGGCCGUCCUGAUGGCGGCCAGGCUGCUCCAGGGCAUCUCGGUCGCAGUCGUGUGGGCGGUGGGGUUUGCAACUGUUCAGGACCUCGUGGGCACUAGCGAGCUGGGUAGGGUGACGGGAAUCAUCUACUCUUUUGUGUCUGUGGGCGAAUUGGUGGCGCCCGCGCUUGGUGGCUUUCUGUACGAACUCGGGGGGAUGGGUGCCAUCUUUGCGGUCAGCGCCAUCGUCCUGCUUCUCGAUCUGACCAUGAGGUUGCUUAUGCUUGACAAGAUGGAAAUGGACAACUAUAAAGUAGUACCCGACCUAGACAAAGAUCAAGCAAGCUCCGAAUCCCGCGAUAGUCUGGCGGCUCAAGAGUGUCCGAUCAAUGCCAGCGAGACCUCUCCUCUACUGGAACGAAGCGAAGAAUUGGGAAACUCGAUUUUCAGAAUACCUGAAAAUUCUGGCUGGUUGUCACAGCAUCUCCCAGUCCUCUUCUGUAUACGCAACACAAGGCUCUCAAUGGCCAUGACCAUCUCCCUGGUUCAGGGAGUCAGCUUUGGCGUCAUCGAUGCGACCGUGCCCAUUGAACUGUCAAAGAUGUUUUCCUUUUCUUCCAAAGAAGUUGGGUUGGUAUUUGUCUGCAUGAUGAUACCUUUUGUCGGACUCGGCCAGCCAGCCGGCUGGGCCGCGGACAGAUACGGGGCGAAAGCGUUGGCAAUGACAGGAUACCUUCUUCUUGUACCUGCAUUUGGUCUUUUGUCCUUGCCAUCGCUCAAAAUGAUAGAAGACGCUGCCAGAGUUCCAUUCUUCUGUGCCAUUCUGGCUUUCAAUGGUCUUGCGCUCGCACUUAUCAGCCCCGUCAGCUCCGUGGAAGCCGGGACCGUGAUCGAAUCCUACCACAAGGCGAACCCAGGUUUUUUUGGCGAGCAUGGACCUUAUGCGCAGCUGCAUGGACUCAAUUCAGUGUUUUUCUUUUCUGGAUUGGCCAUUGGGCCGCUUGCCGGUGGCUGGCUCAAUCAGGCGUACGGCUUCCAUACCAUGGCGCUUGUAAUUGCGGCCGUAGCGGCCAUCAUGUUUGGGUUGGUCGCAAGACUGGUUGGGAGGAAUUAA